AUGAAGAGUAUGUAUGUUUUCUCAAAAUUAUACUCCAAUAUUUUUUGUCAAAAAUCAAAAACCUAUAAUAAGAAAGGAAUACUAUUUAGAACUCAUUAAAUUCUCUCAUUAGACAAAAUAAAAUUUAAUUUAGUAACAAAUCCUAUAAACAAUGAUCUCCUUAUAAUUGGACUUUGUAGAGAUGAAGAGACAAAAAGUCUUUUGAAUUUUAAGAAUACUGUAUAUAAAUAAAUGGAUUAGAAUUUUGAGAGAUUUUUUUGUCAUCUUUAUGCGACUACCAAUUCGUACUUUAAAUCAAGGCUAUUGGUUAGGAUCGAACCAGACAUCUAAAUAUAUCUACAACUGAAAGGUUCAUACUAAAGUUGUAUAACAAUUUGA